GUGGCCUUAGUGAACCUUACUAAGCUUUCACUUAUGACAUGUGCGAUUGCGAACAAACUCUCCUGCAAGUGACCAAAACGUGAUGAACAUAUCACCAACGUUUUUGGUGCUGGUAUGUCUUCGCUUUCUGCUCGCAGUUCUACCUCUUCCAGGUCGAAAUCUUCUCAAACAUGACCAUCAACUUAGCUCUCCAUUGACCUCAUACCUUCACUUGAACGAAGGUCUCUGGCUCCUCGAUAACAAUAUUGACCCAUACAUGGGAGGGACUUUUCACCAUUCGCCUCUCCUACUCUCCUUGUUUUCAACCAUAGUACCUCCACUUCCAGUUGUAUGGGCUGUGUCUGAUGGAAUAGGAGCAUGGGCACUUCUCUGCAUAUGGCGCGCGCGCCAGGGUUUAUCAUUUCAAAAGGGUACAAAGUCCAAUGUAGAAAACCUCAUCGUAAGCGUCUAUUUGUUGAAUCCCUACCUCCUACUUCCUUCACUUGCGUUAUCGACAUCCACAUUCGAAAAUACCUUUACCCUUCUUGCUCUCAUGUUUGCAUCUCAAGGAAAAGUAUCUUCUGCUCUCCUUGCUAUCGCAUUCGCAGUUCACCUCACCCCCUCGUCUAUCCUUCUACUUCUCCCAAUUCUUAUGGUCCUCCUCUCCUCUCCUGUGUCUAACCUCGCUUCCCCGCGUCCUUUCCAUGGUAGCCUCAAGCGUAUACCGUUCCUCUUUGGCGAGUUCACACUAUACUGGCUCGUCCUUGUAGGCGCAGCAUGCAUCAUUACGGGCGGAAACUGGAAUUGGGUCAGGGCAUCAUGGGGCGCAAGCCUCACGCUACCAGAUCUCACGCCUAACCCCGGUCUUUGGUGGUACUUCUUCACCGAGAUGUUCGACCAUUUCAGACCAUUCUUCCUCAUGGUCUUCUCCGUUCACCUUGUCAUAUACAUAUUUCCUAUCUGCAUAAAAUUUCAACAUGAUCCCCUCUAUGCCGCGUUCCUCCUUGUGGGCGUCCUGGGGACGUUCAAAGCGUACUUAAACUUCCGACACCCCAUCAUCACCAUACUCCUCCACCUACACGCUGCGCUCCUCCUCCCGCUUCAACACGUACUCUGGGUGAGUGAGGGCCGUGGGAACGCGAAUUUUUAUUAUGCUGCGAGUCUUGUUAUGGGUAUGGCGGGUGGUGCGGGGCUUGUGGAUGCAUGUUGGGCUGGUAUGCGGAUUGCUGUGGGGGAUGCGAAAGUAUGGGCUGAGGAAAAGGUAGAUGGUGAGAAGGGCAAGGGGAAGGUGGUGUGGUGGGAGGUGGUACAACAGUGAGG